GCGUUUGCCGAGGAGCUCCACGCCAGGGUGCGUAGGGAGCUGUGGGGCUACAGCGUGGAGGAGAACCUCCCGACUGAGGACAUGCACAGGAUCCGUUACGAGGGCAUCAGGCCUGCCGCAGGAUACCCCUCCCAGCCCGACCACACUGAGAAGACCGCCAUGUGGACACUGGGCGAGGUAGAGGAGAAGACGGGUAUCAAGUUGACUGAGUCUCUGGCCAUGACCCCAGCAGCUGCUGUCUCUGGGCUGUACUUCUCUCACCCUAAAGCUACCUACUUCGCAGUGGGAAAGAUCACCAGAGAACAGGUGGAGGACUAUGCUGGGAGGAAAGAGAUGCCAGUGUCUGAGGUGGAACGCUGGCUGGGGCCAAUCCUGGGCUACGACACUGACUGACAGUGAUACUUCAACCAAUCCUGGGCUACGACACUGACUGACAGUGAUACUUCAACCAAUCCUGGGCCACGACACUGACUGACAGUGAUACUUCAACCAAUCCUGAGCUAUGACACUGACUGACAGUGAUACUUCAACCAAUCCUGGGCUACGACACUAAUGCAUCCACAACCACUACCUAGAAAACAGAGGCGCUGCUCAAUGGGCAUGUCUAGAUGGGAUACAGCUUUUGUCAAAUUGACAUCAAAAGUUGACAAAUUCUAACCCUUUUCCCAACCUUAACCCAAUUCUCCCAAACCUGCUACGUUAAUUCUCCCUAACCUGCUACGUUAAUUCUCCCUAACCUGCUACGUUAAUUCUCCCAAACCUGCUACGUUAAUUCUCCCAAACCUGCUACGUUAAUUCUCCCAAACCUGC